AUGGCUCAGCCCAAGGGCACAGUGGUCCUCGCCUACAGCGGGGGUCUUGACACCUCCUGCAUCCUGGUGUGGCUGAAGGAGCAGGGCUACGGCGUCAUCGCCUACCUGGCUAAUAUUGGGCAGAAGGAAGACUUUGAGGCAGCACGAAAGAAAGCGCUGGCUCUGGGGGCCAAGAAGGUUUACAUUGAGGACAUCAGGCAGGAGUUCGUGGAGGAGUUCAUCUGGCCGGCCGUGCAGGCCAAUGCGCUGUACGAGGACCGGUACCUGCUGGGGACGGCGCUGGCUCGGCCCUGCAUUGCCCGCAAGCUGGUGGAGAUUGCCCAGAAGGAGGGAGCCCAGUAUGUGUCCCACGGGGCCACCGGCAAGGGCAAUGACCAGGUUCGGUUCGAGCUCACCUGCUAUGCUCUGUGUCCUAAUAUCAAGGUUGUUGCA